UCCACCCCCACCCCAAAAUGACGAAGAGAACCAAUCACCGACUCCAAUUGAAACCAUUUUCAAAGCCGGCCCUCAAAUUCCUAUGGAUGAUGAUCAGGAAACGUAAAACCCCCUCACUCUCUUCCCGCCGUUCCGGCCUGCCCGCCGGCUGCGCCGCGGUCCUCACCGACGACGAAGACGUCCUCAUUGAAAUCCUCGCACGCCUCCCGGUCAAAACCCUGAUGCGAUUCCGGUGCGUCUGCAAGACAUGGAAGUCCCUAAUCGCCGACCCUCACUUCGUCAAGAAGCACAUCAAAUACGACGCCGGAAGCGGAAGAGCCCUAACCGACGCCGAUCUCCGUCUCAUUUUCUCCAUGAAGCCCCCAAGCUCCAUGGCCUUGGCGGACCUGAAGGGCCUGAAGGGCGCUGGGGUGGGCGAGAGGUUCAGAGACGACCUUGUUGCAGUCAGGGAGGUUGAGUUUCCGGUGAGUCUUGAUUUCGUUAAGGGUGAUGAUAUAGUCAAUGUAGGUAGUUGCAAUGGCAUUAUGUGUAUUCGUGUACGCGGCGAUUAUGUGUUGUGGAAUCCUUGUACUGGUGAGCACAAUGUGCUGCCCAAACCGAGUGCUGCGUGCUAUUCGAGGUAUUAUGGAUUUGGUUAUGAUGAUGUUAAUGAUGAUUACAAGGUGGUGAAGGAGUCACGAAUGGAGGUUGAUGAUGAUGGUUGGGUGAAACCGAUGAUUCAGGUGUUUUCGCUGAGGAAAGGGACAUGGAUGACCUAUCCCGGCCCGAAGAAUGCUAACAUGAGAGGGCAGGGGGCAUAUAUGAAUGGGAAGCUGCAUUGGCUGUGGUUCGAGGAGCAGGGGGAUAUGGAGAGCUCGGAAAUUUGGGCUUUUAGUUUGGCAGAGGAGAAGUUUCAUGAGGCGAUACUGAUUCCCUUAAAUCGCCUUCCGAAUCUCUAUCAUACCUGCGUUCGGGGGAUUGUGAUCUGCAGGAAUUGUCUGUGUGUGUAUAGUGACGUUGGGGCUGUGAGGAUACUGAUGAUGAAGGAAUAUGGGGUCGAGGAAUCUUGGACUCAAGUGCUGUAUCUGACUUUUCAUGAGGUGCCUGAGAUAUAUGAUGAUAUAUGCACGGUGAAGCCUCUAUGGAUUCUAGAGAAUGGUGAUGUUUUGGCGUUCACAGUGCAACAAGGAGGCUACUUGUCAGUAUAUAACGCAAAGGAUAAGGCAUUUAGGAAUGUUAUUAGGCCUGAAAGGAGCUACAGGUUUGAAGAAGUCAUUUACAGAGAGAGUUUAGUUUCACCCGUAACCGGCAGUCCCAGAGACGUCUGACAACAACAUUAUUUCUUGGUGAGCUAGUGAAUUCUUCCUACGGGACUUAAGGGAAUGACAAAGAAGAGGUGAAAGGAAUUGAACCAGGAUGUCUGAACCUUUUGCAAAUCACGGCCAGGCAAGAUUGUGGUAACUGAAAAUGUUUUUUCAAUCACGACUGAUUUACUUUUGUGCUGUUCUGUGGGCUGAAGUAUAUCCCCAUCAGACAAGUGUUGUUUAUAAGAUGUGGUAGCGACUUUGCAAUUUUCUGUGUCUGAACAAUGGAGUAUCUAGUUCUGUAUU